GACAGAUUUUUUUUUGACAGCUUGCAGCUUUGUUUUGUAAAUUUUGUAUUUGCAGAAAACUAGAUUUUUGCCGACAAAUAUUUACUCAAACAAACAACAUUUAAAUCAUAAACAUGAAUCACAACCAAAUGAACAUGCAUGUGCCCAUGAAUCCCGUUGGAGCGGCCCCUAACGUGGGCAUGCAGAUGCAAGUACCUGGCCCAAUAAUGCAGCAGCAAUCUCCUCAACAAAUGCAGCCAGCUAUGCCACAGCAGCCCCAACAGGAUAAGAUGGAUAAUAUUUCCAAAGUCAAGACCCUCAUGGGAUCUCUUAGAGAGUCCAUACCAAUGACACUCAAAUCAGCAGCUCAAAUACUGCACCAAAAUCACAACACGGACUCAAGUUCACAAAAAGGAAUGGAUAACCCAGUGCCCAGAUUUGACAAGAACUUGGAAGAAUUUUUCUCACUGUGUGAUCAAAUGGAAUUACAUUUACGUACAGCAGUGACCUGCAUCCAGCAAGCACAGUCGGCUGCCCAUUACCUGCCCCUAAACGUGAUGCCUUCGCGGCUAGACCUGGGACCCACAGCACAGGACACACCGCUAAGCUACCCUCAAUACCUGAACACAGUCCGCCUGCAAAUCUCGUACGCGAAAGACAUCCACGACACGUUAGUUGCGGCUGCUCAGAAUAUAUCCCCCACCGAAUGAUACUGGUUUGAUAGCAAGUAAGGAUAGUGAUAAUUUAAUUUAAUAGUUCAAUAAAUAAUGUUUUAUAAUUUA